UGGUAAAACCAGAAGAAGGAGCUGAGGAAGACACGCACUCCUCAUAGAUAGAGGGCUUGCCAUGCCCGCGAAAAUGACAGUUUUGAGUUGUGGUUCUGGCUUGUGUUUGGCGCCGGCUACAGCUACAGAUUCAGCUUCCAAUUCGAAUACGAAUGCGGGACGCAAUCACAGCAAACGUCAUUAGCACUCGCGACAUCGCCUUCGAUUGACAGGAGGUCGUUCCUAGAACAGAUCCUGCCAGGGGGAAGCAGCAGGAGCAGGAGCUGGAGCAACAGCAGCACCACCACUGAAACGUUUGGCCAAAGAGAACAACUUCACAUUUGCAUAACUUUGCUGCAGCUUCAACAGAUUCAGAUUCGCCAGAUGUCAGUGGCUGCGGCAGGGGCAGCGACAGCGUCGGCGUCAGCGGGUGGCACACCCAGCACUAUGGAUGUGGUGCAGGCAGCUGGAAAUCAAAGUCCAAUUGGCACAAACACGCGGUAAAUAGAAAUCGCAAUCGAGGCUUUGCAAUUGAAAAUAGAAAAUUCGCAUUCAAAUGCAAAUAGAAAUAGAAAUAGAAAUUGCCACGAGACCCCAAACAACAAACAGGCAAAAAAACAACAAAAUACCCAUAAACAAACACACUAAAACAAAAGAGCAAGGGAGACAGAAAGUGGGAGAAAUAGUAAGAGAAAAUUGGAAGCAGCAGCUGCUGCAGCUGUGGGAACCACAACGACAAAAACAAGAACGACAACAGCAACAAUAACAAAAACAAUAUGGAGAAGCAACUGCUAUCGCCGACGCUGUUUGUCAUUUUGAUAAUGGCCACAAAAUGCGGCAAUGCCCUCGCACAGAAUCAGCAUCACGAAAGCAAUUCCCAAUUGGAUCCCGAUCCCGAGUUCAUUGGCUUCAUCAAUAAUGUAACAUAUCCGUCGGGACGCGAGGCCAUACUCGCCUGUUCCGUGCGCAAUUUGGGCAAGAAUAAGGUCGGCUGGCUUAGAGCCUCCGAUCAAACUGUUUUGGCGCUGCAAGGACGAGUGGUUACACACAAUGCGCGGAUCAGUGUCAUGCACCAAGAUAUGCACACAUGGAAGCUAAAGAUCAGUAAGCUGCGUGAGAGCGAUCGUGGCUGCUACAUGUGUCAGAUCAACACGAGUCCCAUGAAAAAGCAAGUUGGCUGCAUCGAUGUGCAAGUCCCACCCGACAUCAUCAACGAGGACUCCUCUGCGGAUAUGGCCGUGCAGGAGGGCGAGGAUGCGACGCUCACCUGCAAGGCCACGGGCAAUCCGCUGCCGCGCGUCAUCUGGCGACGCGAGGAUGGCGAAAUGAUACUCAUACGCAAGCCAGGCAGUCGUGAGCUGAUGAAAGUGGAGUCGUACAAUGGCUCAUCGUUGCGAUUGCUGCGCCUGGAGCGGCGCCAGAUGGGCGCUUAUCUGUGCAUUGCCUCCAAUGAUGUGCCACCGGCAGUCAGCAAACGCGUUUCACUCAGUGUGCAGUUUGCGCCCAUGGUGCGUGCCCCCAGCCAACUGCUUGGCACGCCGCUGGGCUCCGAUGUGCAGCUGGAAUGCCAGGUGGAAGCCUCGCCCUCGCCCGUCUCCUACUGGCUGAAGGGGGCGCGUACCUCGAACGGGUUCGCCAGCGUCUCCACAGCGAGUCUGGAGUCUGGUUCGCCGGGGCCCGAAAUGCUGCUCGAUGGGCCCAAGUAUGGGAUAACGGAGCGUCGCGAUGGCUAUCGCGGGGUCAUGCUGCUGGUGGUGCGUUCCUUUUCGCCCUCCGAUGUGGGCACCUAUCACUGCGUCAGCACAAACUCGCUGGGCCGUGCCGAGGGUACGCUGCGGUUAUACGAAAUCAAGCUACAUCCCGGUGCGGCAGCCAGCAACGAUGAUCAUCUCAAUUACAUCGGAGGUCUCGAGGAUGCGGCACGGAAUGUGGCCACCAGGCGGCACACAACGUGGCAGCUGCUGUCUAUGCUGUUGUUGCUGCUGAUGUUGCGACUGCGACAGAGGCCUGGGGGAGCGUGAUAUCAAAACUAGAAGAAGGAGCCGGCAAUCAAGUAUUCCUACACGAUUCCCUCGGACAUCGACAUCGACUACAACAUCGACAUCGACAUCUAUCGCCUGCAUUCUUGUUGUUUGCGUUUCUCCCAUUUGCGUUUUGUGUUUCUGCGUUCUGCGUUCUGCGUUUCUUGUCUCCUUAGUGCAUAUCCCCCCCAACUCGCCGCAUACUCGUACAUAUACUGCCAAAGGGGCGCCCGUCCUGCGCCAGAUAUCAUUUGCAUACGUAUCAGGAAUCGCGUUGUUCCCACCAUUACCACCAAACACACACAGAGACCCCUGAACCCUCCCUGGAUCUGGCCAUCUCCAUUUCACGGAUAUAUCAAAAGUGGACAAUUGGAUAGGCCCAGUCCCAGUACCAGUCCCAGUCCCCCUUCCUGCCCCAUUCCCUGUCCCACUCCACACCCCAAAAC